UCGUUUUCUAUUAUUCCUCUAGCUAUAAUAUAUAUAUACCCUCUCAUCUCCAUUAAAACCGAUCAUAAAUCUUCAAACCUAGAGCUGAAAUCUUCAUUCUUCAUUCAAAAAUCACACACUAAUCAUAAAUAAUUCGAUAAUACAAGUGAACUGAAGACGUUCGAUAUGCCGAAAAAAGACCUGAGAAAUCUUUGUUGUUCUCCAAAACGUUCAUCUGAUAGUACUUCUCAAUCUACUUCACAAUUAUCUUCCCCUUCACGUUUCUCGUUUUCAUCUUCUCGCCCGAGUUUUUCCGAUUCGGUUAUGGAUCGGACCCUGGAGAUGGCGGAGCCGAUGAUCAUGAAAUGGGACCCUAACACCACUACCUUCGCCAAAGUGACUUCUCUGUUCUAUGAGAAUAGAAGAGAAGCCAAGGAUUUUAUCAAGUGUGUGUAUAAUCUUCAAAAGGCCAUGCACUUUCAUUCAACUGAGAAUUCGAAAUCCGAUAAGCUUGUUCGUGCUCAAUCUCUAAUGCAAAUUGCAGUGAAACGACUCCAAAAGGAGUUUUACCAGAUUCUAUCAAUGAACAGAGCUCAUUUGGAUCCUGAAUCCAUAUCCACCGUGUCCUCUCGAACUUCGAUUCGUUCGAGUAGUUCUGAUAUCGACGAUGAGAACGAUGAUGAUCGUGUAAUUGCCGGUGAGUCUGUUUCUGAAGUUGAGGACUUUUCUACUGUUGUAAUGGCGGAUUUGAGAUUGAUAGCAGAGUGCAUGAUUUCUUCUGGCUAUGGAAAAGAAUGUGUGAAGAUUUACAAAGUUAUACGUAAAUCGAUCAUUGCUGAAGCCAUUUACAGACUCGGAGUUGAGAAAUUGAGUUCUUCGCAGGUUCAUAAAAUGGAUUGGGAAGUAUUGGAUCUGAAAAUUAAGGAUUGGCUUAACGCAGUGAAUGUAGCCGUGAAAACAUUGUUCAACGGAGAGAGAAUUCUCUGCGAUCACGUCUUUGUAUCAGAUGAUUCAAUAAGAGAGUCGUGUUUUACUGAAAUAUCAAAAGACGGAGCCAUGAUUCUGUUUAGCUUCCCGGAAAAUGUGGCGAGAAAUAGCAAGAAGUCGCCGGAAAAAGUGUUCCGUCUUCUCGAUAUGUACACCGCCAUUGCAGAACACUGGCCGGAGAUUGAAGCUAUAUUUUCUUUCGAUUCAGAAUCCGUUGUCCGAUCUCAAGCGUUGACGUCACUCAUCAAGCUCGGCGAAUCUAUAAGGACGGCGUUAGCUGAAUUUGAAAUUGCUCUACAGAAGGAAUCCUCAAAAACGCCGGUGGCCGGCGGUGGAAUCCACCAUCUGACCAUUGAUGUAAUGAAUUAUAUCAUUUUACUCGCUGAUUUCAGCAAUGUACUCUCUGAUAUCCUCGCCGAGGCUCCUCCGCCGGCGAAAGUUCCGUUGCCAGAAUCAUAUUUCGGUAUUUCCGAUUCAAACGAAUCUCCGGCACCGGCGAUCUCACUCCGAUUCGGUUGGUUAAUUCUCGUUCUUCUCUGCAAACUAGACGGCAAAGCGAAGUACUACAAGGACGUAUUCCUGGCGUAUCUCUUCUUAGCCAACAAUCUCCAAUACGUCGUUGUAAAAGUCUGUACAUCGAAUCUCAAGUACUUGCUAGGCGAAAAUUGGAUAACAAAACACGAGGAAAAGGUCAAACAGUUCGCGUCAAACUAUGAACGGCUAGGAUGGAGCCACGUCAUUGAAUCCCUCCCGCGAGAGCCAAGCACAUCCAUGGCUCCCAACCAAGUGAAGGAGAUUUUCAAGAGAUUCAAUUCAUCAUUUGCGGAAGCUCACCGUAAGUAUUCUAUCUGCGUCGUACCUGAUAGUAAACUCCGCGAUGAUUUAAAAAUAUCAAUCGCGAGAAAAAUACUCCCAGUGUAUAGAGAAUUUUACAAUAAAUAUAGAGGUGCAAUAGUAAAAGAGAGACAUUCUGCUCAUGUUAUUAGAUUUGCUCCAGAGGAUGUAGAGCAUCAAUUAUCUGAUUUAUUUUUUGAACUGAUUAUUGAAUCAGAAAGUUCUUCAUCAUUUGAGUUCUCCCCCUCACAUACACAUCACGGUUGCGAUGAAUAAAAAUGUUAGAGUAUUUUUUAGAUUUGGUAAUGUAAUUAUGUUGUAC